CCAGAUUCUGCCAGGGUACCGGAGUUGACACAUCCACCAUGUCUGACGAAAUAGUAUGGCAGAUUAUAAACCGUAAGGAGUAGCCUGCUCUUAAAUUCGCCGCACCCUACUAACGCAGAUGCGCAGAACAGUUUUGUGCCUUCAAGCUGAAGUAGGCCUCAUUGCCGCUCGUCUCUACUCAUCACGUCCUAACCUCUCUCAGGACAACCAAAGGAAACAACUUUUGCAGAAAUGAAUACUCGGUGUGUUCGCCUACCGCGACGUUUAUCGCUUGCUGGCUAACAUGCGAGACAGGUCAGUGGGUUGUGCAACCGGCAAAGUUGCCCGCUGGCAAACAGUCGGUAUGCGACAGUUCGGACAUCACCCAAAGGGACCAUAUAUCUAUACAUAAAGACCGUACGUGCUUCCAUAACCAGUGUUCGCCCUGGCUCUUCAUGUGCCAUAGCCUGAAACUUACUGACACAACUCGGUUGGCAGAUCGAGAGAUCUCACAUGCCCUCGAAAUGGUGGGAGAAGAUCAAACUCUCCAAGAACUAUCAACAAGCCCUACAGCAAAUCGAGGAGCGGCUCCAAUACUUCCCGAAAUUCCUUCAGCACAAGUGCAAACAACGUCUCACACGGCUGGUCCAGGUGGCGACUCGGAUGCGCAGGAUAGCGGCGGAGGAAGCUAGACUGGGUGAACAGCUGGUGCCAAAGAUGGCACCCAAAAUCAAGCACCGCGAAGAGGCGAGAGAGCGCAAGGCGUUGGCGGCCGCGAAGCUGGAAAGGACCAUCGAGAGAGAACUCCUUGACAGAUUGCGGCAAGGCGCAUACGGCGAUCAGCCACUGAACUGCAACGCCAACAUCUGGAAGAAGGUGCUGAAUGCUCUCGAAAAGGAGGGUGAGGGCGUCCGAGACAAGGAUAUGGACAAGGGCAUUGAAGCUGAGGAGGAUGAGGAGGCCGAGUCUGAAGAGGAGCUCGAGAAGGAGCGGGAAGAGGAGGACGAGGAACCAGAUGGUGCGGUGGAGUAUGUGUCCGAUUUUGACGAGAGCGACGAUGAAGAGCUGGCCGACAUUGAGGACUGGCUUGGCAGCGAGGAGAGCGAUGAGGAUGAGGAUGAUGAGGAGGACAGUGAUGGGGACGAUGAGGAAGGUGUGAAGAAGAAGUCAAAGGCUGGCGACAAGCGGAAGAGAGGUCGGGUGGUGAAGAUGAAGGCGCGGAAAAAGAAGGAGAUCGAGGUGGAAAGGGAAACAGAGAGGUCGAAGCUGCUUGCAUUCUAGCCUACAGGAUUUGGUUAGGGAGGGGCGC